CUUGAAAAACAUGAAGAUCGCGUAUGAUUUUUGUACAGUUCAAUUUUCAUUUUAGACCCCCAAAGUUUUCGUUUUGAUCAAUUUCUAGUCCCCAAAAAAAAUUCAAUUUUAUCAAUUUUAGGGUUGCUUUCCAUCAGUUCAGUUAAGUAAGAAUCUUGGAAAAUGAAGAUCCUGUAUGAUUUUUGUACAGUUCAAUGUUCAUUAUAGACCCCCAAAGUUUUCGUUUUUAUCAAUUUAGGGGUUCAAUCUUUUAGCUGUGAUCAGUUUGGCUAGUUUUGGAAAUGAAGAUGAUGGUGUUCAUCUAACAUGCAAUAGAUUUAUAUGAUUUUUUUGCUGUUCAGUGUUUGUUUAGAACCCCCCCCAAGUUUCCAUUUUGAUCAAUAGAGGUUUUAAUGUUUAGCUUUGAUUUAUCAGUUUAGUGGAUUAGGAACAAUUUAGGGUUGAAUCUUUAGAUUUUGAUUGAUUGUGUAUGUUUUUUGUAUAGUUCAGUUAAUUGGAGAACCCCCCAAGUUUUCGUUUUGAUCGAUUUAAGGUUCAAUCUUUAGCUUUCAUCAGUUUUAGUGGAAAUGAAGAUAGUGGAAUUGGAUGAUUUGUUGAUGGAAAGUGAUGGAAAGUGUGUGAAUACUGAGAGACGGGUGAUUGUUAGGGUUGAUGCUAAAAGAGCUUUGGUUGGAGCCGGGGCUCGGAUCCUGUUUUACCCGACCCUGUUGUACAAUGUUUUUCGCAACAAAAUUCAAUCGGAGUUCAGAUGGUGGGAUCAAAUUGAUCAGUUUCUCCUCCUUGGAGCAGUUCCAUUUCCAUCAGACGUCCCGCGGUUGAAGCAGCUCGGCGUUGGUGGUGUAAUAACACUAAAUGAACAUUAUGAAACUUUGGUACCAUCGUCGUUGUACCAUGCCCAUGGGAUAGAUCAUCUCGUCAUUCCAACUAGAGAUUAUCUAUUUGCACCCUCUUUCGUGGAUAUAAAUCGAGCAGUAGAUUUUAUUCACAGGAAUGCAUGCAGUGGCCGGACUACUUAUGUGCAUUGCAAAGCCGGAAGGGGAAGGAGCACAACCGUUGUGCUUUGCUAUUUGGUCGAAUAUAAGCACAUGACUCCUACUGCUGCGCUGGAAUUUGUCCGCUCCAGAAGACCUAGAGUUUUGUUGGCUCCUUCUCAAUGGAAGGCUGUUCAAGAAUUCAAGCAGCAGCGAGUGGCAUCUUCUCCACUCUCGAGUGAUGCUGUGUUGAUCACUAAAGCAGAUCUUGAAGGGUAUCAUUGUUCUUCUGAUUAUAGUCGUGGUAAGGAGCUGGCCCUAGUGCCCCGAAUGGCAAGAACACAGCCAAUGAUAGCUCGAUUAUCCUGCCUCUUUGCGUCACUGAAAGUAUCAGGUGGUUGUGGACCUGUUACCAGGCAACUGACCGAGGCACGUGCGUGCUAAUUGCACACUCAUCGGCAGGGCUUCCUUGUACAGAAGACUGAAGAGAGAGCACUGCUUAAAUAAGUUCAGAUGAGUUUUAUACCUUUGAAUCUGUGCUUUAAGAGUUUAAUUUCAAGGGAUUAUGAAUAGAGAAAAAAAACGGUUGAAGUCUCCUUCGACAUUGUAUAAACAUGUGCAGAGGGUAUGACUUUUGGUUUCAUCUGUAAAUUAUAUUUGUUAAUUACUACUCCGUCCGUUCCAAAUUAUGCAACAUUAGUUUGAAUUGGAGUUUGAGAAAGAAAUGAAGCUUUUGCAACUUACACUUUUAAA